CAUCCUUCCUCCAGCCGUCUUUAGUUUCCACCACCGACUCAAAUAAAUACUGCAAGAUGGCCCCCGCACAACCAGAGCUCAAGAAGUACCUCGAUAAGAGACUGUUCGUCCAACUGAAUGGAAGCCGUAAAGUCCUAGGCAUUCUUCGCGGCUACGAUGUCUUCUUGAAUAUCGUUCUAGAUGAUGCCGUAGAAGAGAAGGAAGGAGGCGAGAAGGUCAGAUUGGGGAUGGUCGUCAUCCGAGGCAACUCCGUGGUCAUGCUGGAAGCACUAGAGAGAAUCGGUGGGGAUCGGGACAAAUGAGCACACUGGCACAUGGCAUGCGCAACAAAUUCGAGCACGAUCCGAGUUGAUACCCAUACGAAAGCAAGGCAGGAGUGCAUUUAGCUACCUAAGUUUAGAGAUCCAUUUCCUGGGAUCAGGCGGCGUUUUUGUGGACGAGAUAAGUCCCAAGGGAACACAUACCACAGACAAGGCGGGAUCGACAAUUACGUCUAUCAAGUAGACCAGUACUUUAUGCUCGAGAAUUUAAGGCCUAUAAUCUGUUUAGAAUCGGUUACGGGGUCUAUAUCGCUUGCUAUCAACGCCAAACACGAUAUUUGAGGCGUUCAUAUUAAUCAAUUGACAAAGAUAACCCAACAUUGUCCUGAAUUGGCAUGUAAAGAGUUUAUACAGUAUAUUUCUUUUUAA